AUGUCUGCGAGUGACCCAACACCUGAAACUGAAGUGGAAAUGACUCAACUUGAGUCGACCAUUAAUAAAAUUCAGAUAGAGGCAUCAGCAAUGCAAAGUGAAAUGCAAGAGGGUGCUCAGUUGCCAUAUGUCCCUCCUUCCCGGCCUGAAAGAUCUGUAUCAUUUGGACCUGCAGCUUCGUACUCUGAAUCAGAUGGCUAUGCACGCCCACUGCGCUCAUUCAGUUCGUACCCUUCUGCAGCAGCUCAGUCAACUCUAGGAGAGGAGGAAAUUGCACUGGUAGAUGACGUAAACAUUGAAAUGAGCAUCCCGUCAAGGCUCAUAGGUAUGGAAUUUCCGAAGGCAGAUGACGGCCAUGAAGAAGAUGUUGCCAAGGUGAUCCGAAAGAGUUUCUCCAAAAUGGGUCUUCGACAUGGUGAUCAAGAUGCUAUAUCAGUCCUCUCCAAAACAAGUCUUUCCCUUGGACACAUAUCUCUAAUGUCUCAAGUGGAGGAAGCUGUAGAUGGUGAAGAGCCUGGAGACCAUUUCUGGGAAACAGUGGCUGUAAAAACUCAGAGGUUAGGAAUUGGGAAACUGGAAGCUAUCUUUGAAGUGUACACUGAUCUGAUAGAAGAGAAAGCUGGAACAGUGGAGCAAGCUCUACUAUGGAUCCUACGUCAAGACUUCAAAGAGUUUUGUAUGGAAUUAUUCGUGAUAAGGCUAUUUGAGCGGGGUGCAACAGUAUUCACGGCAGGAUAUGAUCGAAACACUCCUCUGCAUCUUGCAGCUUCAAAGGGAUUCACUACAAUUGGGAAAAAAUUUGUUCAUUCAGGAGCUUUUAUUCAUGCAAAAAACAGAGAUGGCCAGACACCACUGGAAAUCUCUAUCGCUCACGUACACAGUGAAUUUUCAGUGAUGAUGAUAAAGGCAAUGCAGCCUGGGAGGGUCAGGGAACUGUUUCAAGGAUAUGGUAACACUGCUUCCAAGUUGAGUUUACACACUCUGUUGGACACACCCUCUAUGAAGGACACAAUGCUGCUAGUAUUGGAUACAAUGAUGGAACCACUUCCUGGGCAAAAAGAUACAUACCUUGUUCAUUAUGCUGUACUGGAUGGAGAUGUAUGUGGCAGGGCUCCAAGCGAUCCUCUAUUUGACAAGUCCAAUAAGUCUUGCCUCCACAAGAUUGCUAAGAGCAAUAACAAGGACAUAGUGUAUCAUGACGUUGUAAGAUUGCUACUGAGAAGGAAGUGGAAAAAAUUUGCCAGAUACAUUUUUUUCUUGCAGUUUCUUUUCUACCUGUUUAUAAUGACUGUUCUGACGUGUGCGCUAACUCUGGCAGCUAAAAAACCAGAUCCAAGACUGUAUGAUACACCAUUGGACGUACUCAGAGGUAUCUGUGAAGGUCUAGUGGUAGUCGCAAUUGGGUAUAACGGAUUGUCUGAGCUCAACCAACUAAAAAUCCAUAAACUACUCUACUUCAAAGACUACUUCAACUACCUUGAUGCUCCUGCUGUUUUUCUACUUUUCGCUAUCAUUCCAUUUCGAGCCUCAGGCCUGAAUGUGCAAUGGCUGUUUGCUUCUUUUUGCUACCUGUUCAAUGGAUUAAGAGCCUUCAAAUAUGCUGCUGUGUUUAGGUCAACUGGAGCAUACGUCCAAAUCUUGUACCAAGUACUGCUGAGGGAUAUGCUCCAGUUUGGAACAAUCUUUAUGGUGUUUCUGUUUUCAUUCUCUGGGGCUUUCUAUCUCGCUUUGCGUGGAGAAGAAUCAUCUACUAUUGUUGCUUGUACAAACUCAACAGGGUGCAACCUGAAUGUAACAAAUCAAACGGUAUCAUUUAACACCAGUCUUGAUCUCUACCCAUUUGAAACUGCGGAGUUAUAUUAUGUUUGGUUGACUGGGAUUAGAGUGAUGAUUGAGGGAGGAAGUAUCGUCGAUGAAUACUUUGGACCUCGUGGUUUUAUGUGGCUAGGAGUUUUUAUUUACCUGCUAUUCCUUUUUCUGGUCAUUGUGGUGCUGCUGAACUUGCUAAUUGCUCAGAUGAGCGACACGUACGGUAGUGUUCAGCAGGAUGCUCAACGUUCUCUAGCUAUUAAUAGAGCAUGGAUUGUUGCGAGGGUGGAGCACAACUCGUUCUUAGCUCGAGACCAUCGAAAAAAAUUUUACAAGAGCUGUGAAGUCAUCAAAGACCCUAAAGAUGUUCUUGAGAAAUGGGAGGUCCCUCCAAUUAAUGAAGUCAACCGAAAGUUGGAGCACUUGGAGCGAUCGAUCAGGAAACAUGAAGAGUUGUUAGAUAACUUCAGAAACGAUGUGCUAGAGAAGCUCACUGAACAAAGUCAAUACAUGGAAUACUUAAUGGCUAGAGCACGUGACGAACAACCCAUUUCAUUUUCAGUCAGCUAGAUCUAUAGCUGCAUAACAUUUUCUUAUGUAAUGUUAUUAUGUUUGCCUUUUUAGCUAGUACUAGGGCUGCACCUAGCUUCUAGUUUUAAGCAUGAGUUAACGUAUUGACUACUGAGGUAAUUAAUUUCA